AGUUCAACUCCACCCUUCCCCCAAGCUCUAUAUUUGGAUUUGGUUUUCCGCAACGCGGCCUCUCUCUCUACCUAUUACUCUACUUUUCUUUUCCUUCGCCCCCUGGACACCUCUCUCUCUCUCUCUCUCUCUCGUCACAACCACCUCCCGCAUUCCCCUCGUGUAUACACACACGCCCUCUCUCUCAUCCGACUUGUCCCGACCGUUUGAAUUCUUAACUCGAAGAUUGAUCAGUUUCUGGUACUUCACAAUCUAGUUUUCGAUUAAUAGCGGGCCGAUGCGGGGUAGGUGACCUGAGAAUGAGCGAAGCAAGAGGAAUGGGAAACGUCACAGUGAAGAACGGUGUUUGCUCGUCGGAAUCGGUGAAUGGCGGGAAAGAUAUGUGGAGUUGUGACAAAUCUGCUGCUGCUUCAGCUGAUCAUCUUGUCGUCAUGGUCCACGGAAUUCUCGGAAGUUCUAAAGAUUGGAAGUUUGCAGCUGAGCAGUUUGUUAGAAUGAUACCUGAUAAAGUAUUUGUUCAUCGUAGUGAACGAAAUACGGCCAGCCUGACAUUAGAUGGUGUGGAUGUAAUGGGUGACCGAUUGGCAGAGGAGAUUCUUGAGUUGAUUAAACAAAAACCAAGUUUACGCAAGAUCUCCUUCGUUGCACAUUCAGUUGGAGGACUUGUGGCGAGAUAUGUGAUCGGGAGAUUAUUUCGACCUCCUGGAAGCAACAAUAUGGAGGAUUCAUUGCCUAAAUCCUGUGAAGAGCUGUCCAAGGGUACAAUAGGUGGUUUGGAGCCUAUGAACUUCAUUACCUCUGCUACACCCCAUCUUGGUUCUAGGGGUAAUAAACAGGUACCCUUUCUUUUUGGUUCACCUGCCCUUGAAACAACUGCUAGACUUGUUAUUCAUUUGAUAUUUAGAAGAACAGGCCGACAUCUUUUUCUCGUGGACAAUGAUGAUGGAAAGCCUCCAUUACUUAAACGGAUGAUAGAAGAUUACGGUGAAUGUUACUACAUGUCUGCAUUACGUUCAUUCAAACGCCGUGUGGCAUAUUCCAAUGUUCAAUAUGACCAUAUAGUGGGCUGGAGAACCUCAUCAAUUAGACGCAAUAGUGAGCUUCCCAAGUGGGAGGAUUCUUUAAACGGAAAAUAUCCACAUAUCGUAUUUGAAGAACACUGUAAGGCGUACGACAUGGAGCAGUGUGAACCCACUGCACUAGCAAAUGAUUGUUCAGAUAAGCUGGAAGAGGAACUUGUGACUGGCCUAUCGCGUGUAUCGUGGGAAAAAGUAGAUGUCAGUUUUCAUAGUUGCAAACUGAGGUCUGCUGCUCAUAGUCUGAUUCAGGUCAAAGACCAUGCUCUGCAUUCAGACGGCGCAGAUGUCAUACAACAUAUGAUUGAUCAUUUGAUCCUUUAGAUGGUCAUCAGCUCAAGUUUCACCGACCAAGAAUGCAUGGUGUAUUGGUAAAGCUACGAUGGGCCUGGUGCCAAAAUCCCUCCUCUUUUUUUUUUUGGGAGGAUGAGAGUUUGCCAAUUCCCGGGGUUGUAAGCUGCAAAGUUACCAGGUUAUCGGCAAUGACAAACUGUAUGAAAACUAUUGCUAAAGUAUGAAGCAACUAUAAGAAAUUUUGUUUAUCCAUUACCUCCUCCAAUGUGCAUGAACACAAACUAUCUAUCAUUAAAAUGGAAUUCGGGCUUUCAAAUA